CGCCUCCCCGGGCCCCGACCCGCAGUGCCGGACCACGGGCCCCGGGCCCUGCCCCGUGGCCUCCCCUGGCCCCCUCGCCCUGUCCCCUACCCCUCCCCCCCCUCGGGGCCCCGCGGCCUCCCCUGCCCCGGGCCGCCCUCGGUCUGGGCCCUCAGCGAGUCGAGCAAUGACCUCCCAAAGAUGGUUCCACCCGCACAUCACGGGGCUGCAGGCCGAGCAGCUGCUGAUGACGCGGGGAGUGUGCGGCUCCUUCCUGGUGCGGCCCAGCUCCAGCAACCCGGGCGACUUCACCCUGUCCGUGCGGCAGAGGGACGAGGUGCGGCACAUCAAGAUCCAGAACACGGGCGACUACUACGACCUGUACGGGGGCGAGAAGUUCGCGACGCUCGCCGAGCUCGUGCAGUUCUACACGGAGAACCAGGGCCAGCUGCGGGAGCGCGACGGCGACGUCAUCGAGCUGCGCUACCCCCUCAACUGCUCCGACCUGGCCAACGAGCGCUGCGGGGGUCACGGCGUCAAGAGGUGGUUCCACGGCCACAUCUCGGGCAAGGACGCUGAGCGGCUGCUCGCCGAGAAGGGCAAGGGCGGCAGCUUCCUGGUGCGCGAGAGCCAGAGCAAGCCGGGCGACUUCGUGCUGUCGGUGCGCACGGGCGAGGAGCGCGUGGAGAACAACGAGGUGAAGCCCAAGGUGACGCACAUGAUGAUCCGCUGCCUGGAGGGAAAAUACGACGUCGGGGUGGAGGAGAAGUUUGAGUCGCUCGCCGACCUCGUGGAGCACUUCCGCAAGAACCCCGUGGUGGAGACGUCUGGCACCGUCAUCCACCUCAAGCAGCCGCUGUACGCGACACGCAUCAACGCGGCCAGCAUUGACCACCGCGUGCGCGAGCUCAGCAAGACGCCUGCCGACGCCGACAAGCAGAAGCAGGGCUUCUGGGAGGAGUUCGAGACGCUGCAGCAGCAGGAGUGCAAGCUGUUGUACAGCCGCAAGGAGGGACAGCGGCCAGAGAACAAGGCCAAGAACCGCUACCGCAACAUCCUGCCCUUUGACCACACGCGGGUGAUCCUGCGAGAGGUGGACCUCUCCGUGCCGGGCUCCGACUACAUCAACGCCAACUUCAUUGUGGCGGACAUUUCUGACGGUCGCGGGCCGAGCACCGCCCCGCGCCGUUACAUCGCCACGCAGGGCUGCCUGCAGAGCACAGUGGCCGACCUGUGGAGCAUGGUCCUGCAGGAGGACUCCCGCAUCGUCGUCAUGGUGACCAAGGAGAUGGAGAGAGGCAAGAACAAGUGUGCGCACUACUGGCCAGACAAGGGCGGCGCGCAGGAGUUUGGGGGCCUGUGCGUGCGCUCUGUGGACGAGAUCCAGGCCUAUGACUACGUGGUGCGGGAGCUGGACCUGUAUCGCGCCGACGCGCCAGAGGACGUGCGUCGCGUGUGGCAGUACCAGUACCUGGCGUGGCCGGACCACGGCGUGCCGGGGGAGCCCGGGGGGGUGCUCGGCUUCCUCGAGGAGGUCAACAAGCGGCAGGAGGGGCUGCCCCUCGCCGGGCCCGUCGUCGUGCACUGCAGCACCGGCAUUGGGCGAACAGGAACCGUCAUCGUCAUCGACAUCCUCCUGGGCAUCAUCAGGCAAAAAGGCCUCGACUGCGAGAUCGACAUCCCCAAGACGAUCCAGAUGGUACGGAGCCAGCGCUCGGGCAUGGUGCAGACGGAGGCGCAGUACAAGUUUGUGUACCGCGCCGUGCAACACUACAUCGAAACGCUGCAGAAGCGCAUGCUGGAGGAGCAGUGGAGUAAAAUCAAGGGGCGUGAGUACACGAACAUCAAGUACACGACGGCCGACCCGCUCAGCCCGCUGCCCCACACGCCCGUGCACACCUACACCGAGUGUCAGGAAGGCUUGUUCCGAAGGCCCUCAGACUGUUGACACCACGAUGGAUCCCAGGGUGGAGUCUGGCCCCGACGGCCAAAAGUCGAGUCGGGACAGCGAGCUCCCACCACGUCUCGGGUAGCGGCAGACUUAGUGUUUAAAGGUCAGAGAAACAUGGUCCGUUGACAAUAGAAUCCACGCAGAGGAGAGCGCGUGAAGUUCCCGGCGACUGGACGAGAAGAUAAAGUGGUGAACCACACACACACGCACACACAAACACACCUCACCUGUACACAAACCUAGCGGUGGUGCAAAUCAGCUGCAGCCACUUUCUGUUCGCUGUUGUUUGGGUUUUUGCAUUUCUAUGUGGGUGAGCAAGUAGGGCUGUUGGGUCAAUGAACGAGUGGAUAGAUGGGUGACAAAAUGAUGUUGGGGCACAAGUGUGUAGGCGAGUAGGUAAGUGGGUGUGAGAUGAUGAGCGGGCGAGCGAGGAAAUGCUCCCCAGGCACGUAAAAUUGGCUGCAGCUCGGCACGUAACGAUGCAGUGAUUCGCCAAUUUCAAUAACAUUCAACGCUCAUGACACCGUAAUCCAAUCAUGCUCCGUCGCAAUCAAUGAUGUUCAACUCGUAUAUGUUGUACGUAAGCGGUUCUCGGCAGUUGAAAUCGUGCCUCGUUAAAACGUGAUAAGGACAUCUCGCAACCACUGGGCUCUGGUGAGGGGGAGCCGCAAGUAUUAGAAUUCCUUCGCGGGCGUUUUAAACGGACGUUUGUGUUAUUUUGUAUUUUACGCUCUUUGUGUCGAGAGCCUGCGUCGUGCAGAGCCCCACAUUCGCAUCGUUCAAGCUGUGAUGGUAGAGAGCGUGCACGCAUGAGGAGGCCUUCUCGCACCCGCCACAGCAGAGAAAGCGCAGGAGCCACACACGCUUUAAAGAGAGCCAGCCAUGUCCGGGCAGGAGCCAUACAGUUUAAAGAGAGCCAGCCACCUCAGGAUUGGUGUGACACACACACAUGUACUCGCACGAAUACAAAACAGCUGCCAUUCGCCACUAAGUGGCGGCGACAUCACCACAGCACUUGUGCCAGGCUGAGUGCACUUUGAGGUCACAAGAAGUGGAGAAGGCUCAGCUGCUGGAAGGUCUCAGGACAGACCCCAGGUGCCAUGGGUUGAUUGAGAUGACAGAUGCACCACCUGUGCGCCCCCCAUAGUGCCAACUGCUACAUUUUAGCAGCUCUGCUCGUUGUGAGCGUCGCUCCACUGCCUAGCUUCCCAAUAGCCUUCAAAGCAGAGGCCAUCUUAACACUGCUGGUGUCAGCCAUUGGCAAAUCCAACAAGUGCUACAUCCUCCCGUACGUACCACCAGUCCACCUCGUCAAGCACGUACCAUGCUCAUUUACAUCCGGUCCAAACAAAAGCUACUUUGGCAACGUGAAGUACAUGACCCAGCCAUCUACAUGGUCAAAAUAGAUGUUAAAUAGUAUAUGGGCCAGAGGACAUUUCACACCCGAAGGUGAAUAGCUUGAAAAAUAGCCCAACGCCCAAGCUUAUUGAUAGUAUCAUAGGCAGCAGCACACGAGGAUGUACUCGCAUGAUAUUAUAUACAUAAAACCGAGUUACACACACAGUACAGUACUGUCAUUCACACACACACACACACAGACCCCCCCGUAUAACCUUUUAACAGACUGUUGAAGCAAGCGCUGUUAGCGAACACCUAUGAAGACUGGCACAGCACAAGAGGGGGUGGGUGGCCAGCAUUUGAUGCCGAGUCGACAUAAGGGAUGCCCAGAACCAGUUCAGAUAAUCAUUACAGGUCUUGGCCAUGAGUUGCAAUCAAACUCGGGCCUGCCAGGUUCAUACCGGAGUGCACUAUCCACCGUGCCACUACUCCCCCCACACACACACACACCACACUUGCAGUCAGGGCCAAUGUGUCUUAAGUUCCUUCUCCUUGCGGGCACCUCCGAUUAGCACGGUUGGCUAUGUACGGUGCAAAAGAACUUCAACAUACAUACCAACAAUGUGGCUACCAACCAAUCAACCAACCAACACUGACGACACAUGCUUUGGGGGGGGGAUGGAGUAGCCAGAGGGGAGCCGCCACGCCUGGCCAAGUCUCACCUGUGUUCUACUUGCAGCAGCCCGUGCGCCCGCCAGGUGCUCGCAACCUCCUGGCGACCUUUGGCGGCAGCGUCUCUCUCUCUCUCUCUUGCGUGAAGCUAUGGUACAGAAUUGUCACGCGCGCACACGACACACGAGUAACCGACGUUAGUUUUUCGAAGCGGAUAUUAAAUUGCAAAAAAUAUAUGAACCGCGAAGGAUUUUUUUUUAUCGUCGCGGUUGCGAUGUGGCUCGGGUUGUUGCCGCUCGCGUCGUCGUUUCGAGAGCUCGACGUCCGACGUUUCGCAACCGCGUGCCCGGGGGGAGCUGCUUCAUUCCAAGGUCCCGAAGAAGCUGCUCCUCCUCCUCUCGGUACGUGGAGCUAAACGUCGGACAUCGCCGCGCCGAACGACAACGCAACCGUCAAGUUACCCGAACGCGCAUUGGAAAGCUGUAUUGCAAAAAAAACUAAAACGGUUUAGAAGUGCUGCCCCAAAGGCUGUGAAGUUAUUUGUUGGGCAUCAGUUAAGGGAUUGGGUGGGGGGGGGUGGGACUGGGCAGGGGGGGGUGCGACGCGACGGGAGACGAGAAGGGGGUCUGCGCUACAUCCCGUGCCUAAGCAAAGCGAAAUGCAACUCCCAGACAUGUAUUUUAUAAAUUAAUAAAGUUUUAAAACCGCCGCGCCGUGGCCUCGUUCGUCUCCACGAAUCCCUCCGCCGACCUAGACAUUGUGUUGCGUUGUUUCAUUACUGUACUAAUGGUUCAUAAUAAACUCACUCAAUACCA